ACAAACGGUGGGAGCGUUGGAGGAUUGGCGGUGUCGUGGAUCUUUCUGUAGAUAGUCUGUAUGUCUCUGUUAUGCUUUUGUUGCUAGAAUUAGAAAUUGGAAUGCUUCCGAAGCACGCAGUACCACUGUUUUUAAUAUUGCGUGAGGUUAUGUUCGAUCUUUUUAAUUGAUAAUAUAGCCUAGUGAGUCCAAAAUGUUACAAAGGACAUAUUUACAACCCAACUGUGAUUGGUCAUUGAAUGGACUUGAAAAUAUUUUUCACUUUGCUCUGGAGCAGAAGUCAAAAUGUCUGAUUCAAGCAUGCAUCUUCAUUGUCGAGAGGGAGUUUGCUGGUAUUUCGUCAUUCAGUCAUCGGACCCAGGUUAAAUUUCUCCUAGAAUCUAUCCGUCACAUCAUUGGCGACAAUUGCCAGGAAGAAUUCAUUCAUAUAAUGCAGUAUUUGAAACUUCUUCAUUCUUUAUGUUCUGAUGUUGGAUGUGAAGAAGAAUAUGUAAACUCUAUUCUCAGGAUUAAACAAUCUUUUAUUCUGUUCACACUUCUCGAUAAUGAAAGUGCUGCCAACGUGUGUCGUGUUAUGAAUGAUUUUUUUCCAAAACAUGAUCCUCUGGAAUCGUUCAAUAUCAUGAAGAGAUCCUUGAAAAAAAGGUUCUUGGCUCUCAUCAAAAGACAAAUUUAUGGAUUUAGGAAACUUGUCACCAAAUUAUUAACAGACAUGGAGUUCCGUUCUUAUUACUUUUACGAUGAAUGGAUGGAAGAAUUCGGUUCAUCUUUUCAUAAAGAUAUGAUAUUAGAUAUUGACAAAUAUCUGAGGAAAAUUGAAUCAUGUUUACUGGUUGGAAGAAAAACAAAUGAGAUUUACCAAAGUUGGCUCGGCGCAAAACAGAUCUCAAAUCCUGCUGUGUUGUAUUUGUUGAAGAUUUUCUUAGAUCACACUGUGGAAAAUGGUACAAAGGUGGAGGAAAUGCAAUUUUUAAAGUUGCUUAAAUGGAUGUUUCCUAGUUUAGAUUUGGACAUCCUAACAAUGCCACGUACCAGUUCAUUAGAAAUUCCAGAAGUUUUCACCGACUUGAAGUCUAUGAAACUAUGUUCUCGGGCUGGGUGGACAAUGACAGAAAAAAAGCCCUGGGAUUAUGAAGACUUUACAACAUGCAUUUAUGAGAGAUUGAAUCAAAAUAUUUUGGACGAACAAGUUGAACAUGAAAUUGGAGAUAAAAUUAAUGAAAAACAUCUCAGUCAGGGCGGUCCAAACCAACAGAGGAUUCCCUUUGCAGUUCUAAAUGAAAACACUGCUCAUCUUCGUGUAAAAACGAAAAAGAAUAUGAAACGCAAAAGAAAUGACGCAGAAAACUUAGAGAAUGAAAUAUCUAAAAGACCUCGUACUGAAAUUUCUACAACAAAAGCAGUCUUCAGGAAAAGCCCAGUUGUAGAUUUAUGUAAAAAGAACAUUUUUAUGAAGCCUGAAUUUUUUUAUAAAUAUGGUAAGAAAGAAGACUCAACGAUUAGGAUCAGUAUUGACAGUCCUCAAUGUAAAAGAUUACUUGAAUCAGGUUCCAAGUUUUUUUCAUCUCUUUGUCAAGAGAAGCGGAUGGCUGUAGUCGAAGAAACUAGGACACCCAUUGUGAAUGAGAUUAGUACAGAAGCAAUUGAAUUCAGUGAUGUGGAAAAUAAUGAAAAUGAUUCUGACCAAUUAAAUGUUACUGAAGACACAAUGUCUACUGGACUAACAUGGAUUUCAACAAGAAGAUAUAAUAAAACAUCACCAAAAUCAUCUAAAAGUGAAGUCAAAAGAACUUGUCGAUCUCUUCAUUUCAAAUCAGAAUCCUCUUGUGAUGAUCACGUCAGUGAAAGUGAACCUGAAUCAUUUACUUCUUCGCAGCCUAUGGUGAGGUUGCAAAAUUGUCUGAAACUCGUUGAUCAGACACCUUUUCCGGAUCUCACAAUUCACAUCAGCAAGUACCCAGAUACAAAACCAUGUACUGUGCGAUUGAAAAUGUUAUCAAAACCAAGGACAAAAACUAAGAAUGAGGUUUUAAUCGAAGGAUACAAAAUUUUAAAUGAAAGUGAUAUAAAUAUUUUAGAGAAUGCUAAAACUGAAAUCAGGUUUAGAAACUAUAGUGUCCAUUGAAAAAGCUGUGCUGAGAAGAAGACUUUAACAAUCUGCCAUUUUUAAUUCAAGUCGUGUUAUAUGCUCCACCACGCCAUGGCACUGCCAUAUGAACCAGUCAUAUCAUAUAUAAGUCAUUGCAGCUCUGCUCGUCAAUUCCUGAAGAUAUCUUAUCUAGUUGUUUAUGCACAUUUGGCAGAUGUGCCGAAAUCUUGUUGUUGAAAUCUUAUUUUGGUGCUUUAUAUAAUGAACCAUGGUUUCUAUCUGUUUUUAUUUAUUUAUAUUGCCAUGAUAUCUACCUGCAAAAGCACUUUAUAAAAUAAACACAUAUUGUAAAUUCUUUUUUUUUUACUGUUGGUUUAUUUUUCUGUGUAUGCUGUUGAAAUUUGUACUUAUUACCAGUUUUUGUUUCCAAAUUUUAAUAAUAAAGAGUUUUAUUGGGAA